AUGCCAAACCAAUCUGUAUAUGCUUAUAAAAUUGUUCCGAAUAACUUAAUUAAGUGUCAUACUAACUUUCAUUUAAAUGUUACAUGGUUAAUUGUUAAAAGUUUAAAAAAAUUACUUCUAUCUAAGUAUUUUGUUGAUGGAUGGGGUGAUCCAGAUAAAUUGAAAAGAUUAUUUGAAUUCAGAAAACUGAUAGUUAACCGUGAUUCAUGUUAUAAGUUAGUGCCUCCUAAUUACCCUGUUGAAAUUGUUAAGAAAAAUGAAGAUACAGACUCUAUAACUUUCGAGGGAGUUUUUCAGUCACCAUUUUCUUUUUAUCUUCCAAAAAUUGUACCAAUUGAAAGUCAUUUAGCUCAUUUUCAACUUUUGCUUCCCAAAAAAUGGCCUUCCAAAGGCAUAAAACCAGUAUGUUUACAUAUGGCAGGCACAGGCGACCAGAAUUAUUGGCGAAGAAGAACUAUUUUAGCGAAACCACUUUUAAAAGAAGCUGGAAUAGGAUCAAUCAUUUUAGAAAAUCCUUUUUAUGGAAAAAGAAAGCCAAUUAAUCAAGUAAGAUCUAUAUUAUGUAAUGUUUCUGAUAUUUUUGUGAUGGGUGCUUGUCUUAUAUUGGAAUCUCUCGUGUUAUUUCAUUGGUGUGAACGAGAAGGUUUUGGACCUCUUGGAGUUACUGGUUUAUCGAUGGGUGGACAUAUGUCAUCUCUAGCUGCCGCAAGUUGGCCAAAACCCAUCGUAGUUGUACCGUGUUUAUCUGGUACAACAGCAUCUGGUGUAUUCACUGAGGGUGCUAUAAGCUGUGCAAUUGAUUGGAAUUUACUUGAACAACAAUAUAAAUCCAAUAAAACAUAUGAAAAUGAAGUUGCAAAUUUAGAUGUCGAUUUUGAUAGCUUAAAAAGAGAAUUUUAUGCCGGAAAAAAAUUCGUGAAAGAUAUGAAUUAUAGUAGUUACAAUGUAUCCUCAAACACUCAAUCAAAUUCAAGUCUUGAAAAUUUGGAAAAAUUGAAUAACUCUUCACAACUAUUUUCAACGAAUCAACCGAAAGAAAGAACUAAGUUGUCAAUUUUUCAUAAUCUAAAUAAUAUUGCAGUUAGUAAAAAUAUCAAAAAUGAAGUUAAAAAAGAUGUUAAACGAGUUGAAAAUUUGAUGAAAUAUUUUUAUCAUAGUUCAAAAACUGAAGAUUUAAACUUGAAAGCUUUAAGUUUUAUGAAGGGUAUAAUGGAUGAAUGUACUCACUUGAGAAAUUUUAAUAGACCAGCUGAUAUGGACUUAGUUAUAGCAAUUUGUGCAAAAAAAGAUGGUUAUGUUCCUCUAGAAAGUAUGGCUAAAUUAGAAGAUAUUUGGCCGGGAGCUGAUGUGAGAUAUGUUGAUACUGGCCAUGUCGCAGCUUUUUUAUUGCACAGAAACACAUUUAAGAAUGCAAUCAUUGAAGGAUUUAGCAGAGCUCAAAAUAAAUAUUAUAGUGAAUAAUUUUAAUUAUAAUCUAAGAAUUAUAUUUGUACAAAUUCUAUGAAUAAAUUAAUAUUUUGUAUUUAUUUCAUUAUUAUUGAAUCAAAUAAAUUUGAAUAUUUAAAUGUUCCAAA